AUGGGAUUCGCCUGGGACGAUUCGGAGCAUGGACAUUUCCGCGAGGACUUCUUCCCACCAGUCAAUAUGCCGGUAGUCAAGCACAAGCCCUGGGUUCAGCGCAACAUUCCGAUUUCACCAGGCAUCUAUGACGAAGUGUGCCGACUUAUCAAAACCAAGAUCACCACUGGAGUCUAUGAGCCGUCAAAUUCUUCCUACCGAUCACACUGCCUCGAACCUCUGAACGCCAUUACCAUCCAGCAUUCAGGUGUGCCCCCAAAUACCGAUCAGAUCGCUGAACAGUUUGCAGCUCGCACUUGCGGUGGCAUUCUGGAUCUCUAUGUCAGAUACGACGAACGAGGGCUCACCGAAUCAUCUCGCGACUUCACCACAUUCCAGACCCCAUUCGGUGCCCACCGACUUGUCACCCUACCCAUGGGAUGGACGAAUUUGCUUCUGAUCUUCCACGACGACGGCCCACCGACCCGAUACAAACUUCCGAAUGGCAGCUUCGAGACGCAUCCCAACAACCCCAGCAUACGACGAUUUGUGCAGGAACACUUUCAAGGCCUCAAUCGGGUGGUCCAGCGGAUGAAGUACAGUGGAGGGACCUUUUCGGGACACAAGGCGACACUCUGUGUAGCCGAAAUCAUGGUGGUAGGCCAUCGGUGCACGUAUGAAGGACGAUUACCCGAUGAGUCUAGGGUAGAGUCAAUUAUGAAGUGGGGACCUUGCAGGGAUCUCUCGGAUGUUCGGGCAUUUCUGGGGACGAUCGAUUUUCCAUUCGUGUUCAGCCCAGACCAGAUAACAGCCCAAGACGAUCUCCAGUCGGCACUGCUCGAGUCGCCAGCCCUUCGGCUGAUCGACUAUGGGUCGGCAGCCAACGUCAUCCUUGCAGUCAAUACCUCACAAAUUGCGGUUGGCUUCCACCUCUGCCAAUGCGCACUCAACAAUCCGCAGGUUCGGUACUAUGCCCAAUUCGGCUGCAUCACCCUUAACAACCGCAAAUCGCAAUUCUCCCAGCUGAAGCUCGAACUCUACGGUCUCUUUUGCGCCCUCCGAUUGCUCAAAAUGUAUCUCAUCAGUGUUCGGAACCUGAUAGUCAAAGUAGACACAUGCUACAUCAAGGGCAUGCUCACUAACCUGGAUCUCGAACCCAGCGCUAGCAUCAAUUGGUGGAUUGUCUCCAUCCUCACCUUCCAUUUCACACUCGUCCACAUCCCCAGCACCUCUCAUGGCCCUGAUGGCCUCUCCCAAUAA